GAAGAAAUGCUAAUCAUCGUUUCGUCGUCAUUCGUUAGAUUCGGACGUGUUUUUCGAGUGACUACUGACUAGUACGGUAUUGUUUAAGUUCGCCGGGAUAUAUUUCACAACAGCCGGUUUGUAAGCAUCAGGUUGUAGUAUUAAGUGCAGUUAAAAGGUGUGUAAAUGAUUUGUUAAUACAUUGGGAACCGAUACGAGAGAUACUACUGGUCUUGUUCACUGCUUUUCGCAUGCGGCCAGUCAAUGUCCAGUGUACGUGAAAAGAGAAGGUGAGAGAACUCGUACUCGCGUCUGUGCCGAACGCACGAACGGGAAGUAACGUGCAAGUACGGCCCAUGUAUUAACCGACAAGCAGCAGAGCUAGUUGUAUAGUAUUUAGUAGUAGUCGCCUGCCAACCACCGGCGUGAGUGGAGUCUUGUCUGAAGGUACUCCUUCCCCUCGAACAGGGCCAAUGAAAUUGCGGGAAAGGAUAAAGUACAAAACAAAAUCGGUGCUGAAAACGUUGAAUGAGUGCGCUAAUCGGUGUAAAAUGGACCCCACUACCGUCGAUCAGAGCAAGUCCCAGAGCUUCGUCGAAAAGCGGAAGCCACAAUCGUUGAUGAAGACGAUCGUCAAUGUUGGUCACAAGUUUCUGGUUUUGUUGAUGCGAUGGUUCUUCCGAACAAUCUACGGAGAGCACGGCCACAAGAUGCAGCCAAUUCGGAAUCUGAUCCUGAUGGAAUCAGCGUCGUCACUGGCGUUGAAAAUUCGAACCAGAAAGCUUACCAGCGUGGAGGUGAUGGAAGCAUUUAUCGAUCGUUGUAAGGAAAUAAACCCGCUAUUGAAUAUAGUCGUUGACGAGCGUUUCGAGCAAGCUUUGAAAGACGCUGAGAAGGCAGACCAGUUGAUCGCCUCCGGGACUCUCACCGUCGAGCAGCUGGCUAGCGAAAAACCAUUCCUGGGUGUUCCCAUUUCUACCAAAGAUUGCAUCAAAGUUAAAGAUCUUCUCCAUACGGCAGGAAUUUGGAAGCGAAGAACGAUCCGUGGUGACAAAGAUGCACGCGCGAUGGAACUCAUGAGACGAUCCGGUGCGAUUCCGUUUGCUCUGACAAAUGUUUCUGAAUGCUGCAUGUGGUGGGAAAGUGUCAACACCAUUCACGGUCGUUCACGUAACCCGUAUGACAACAAUCGGAUCGUGGGAGGUUCUAGCGGUGGUGAAGGCGCUCUUCAAGCUGCUGCCGGUUCACCGUUUGGACUCGGUUCCGACAUUGGCGGAUCCAUUCGUAUGCCGGCAUUUUUCAAUGGAAUUUUCGGGCACAAGCCAUCAAGGCACGUGGUCUCGAAUGAUGGUCAAUAUCCUCGACCGAUCAACGAAGAACAGGACAUGUUUUUGGCCAUCGGUCCCAUGUGCCGUUAUGCUACGGAUCUGAAACCAAUGCUACGAAUCAUAGCCGACGGGAACGCUAAAAAACUUCGUCUGGACGAACCAGUUGACCUGAAACAGGUUAAAUUCUUCUACCAACUGAACGACGGGGGUGGCAGCUUAGUAUCACCGGUAGACAUGGAUAUCCGAGAUGCGAUGGAAAAAGUGAUGGCUCACUUCCGAUCAACCGUUAAGGCCGAUGUCCGCAAAGUUUAUUUCGACAAACUACGUAAAUCAGCUGCAAUGUGGUUUGCCAACAUGAAGCACGCAGAAGAAACAUCAUUCGAUGCACAGUUGGUCAAUUUGGAAGGAAAAAUCAACCCUUACGUGGAGUUGUUCAAAUGGCUCAUAGGGAAAUCGAACCACACAUUCGUGGGAAUAAUGACUGCCAUUACGGAGCAUGGCGGAGUUCAAUAUGGCACCCCGCAGUAUCAUCACAUGGUGAAACAGCGCGACGAACUGCUGGAAGAGUUCCAAGCAAUGCUGGGUGACAAUGGAGUACUUAUCUAUCCGACCCAUCCAACUGUUGCUCCGUACCACAAUGAAGCGCUGAUUCGUGCACUCAACUUUAGCUACACUGGAGUGAUCAAUGUUCUGGGGCUACCAUCAACGUCAGUGCCGUUAGGAUUAGGUCGGGAAGGACUUCCGAUUGGACUACAGGUGAUAGGCAAUGUGAAUCAGGAUCGCCUCUGUUUGGCCGUGGCCUGUGAGCUGGAGCGUGCUUUCGGUGGAUGGGUCGCACCGGACGUAUUGGCCUGAUCAAACGGAGCGAGAGGGAGUGGCAAGGAUUCCAAUCCAGUGAUGCAAUCACAAACAGUGAAACGGAUGAGUGUUAGUUGUUGCUGUUGAAUAUGCAUGCGAGAGACAGCAAAUAAAUAUUAUAUAUAUUUUUGUAAGAUGUAUCGACACAUUUGAAUAAAAAUACAAUGGUGUUAGAA